CUAUAUACUCGUACUUCUAUAAACAAUUGGAAUUGGGUUUGUAAAAUGACGAACAAGACCCACCACGUGUCCAUAAAUCAUAUCCUAGAAAAAUGAAAAAUACUGUACAACACUACUGCAGUACAAUUUUCGUCAAACUCACACUUGCUUGGCUGCUUCUUCCUCUUCAUUUCUUCAUCAUCGUCUGUACUACAGAAUACGAUCUCACUCAGAUAAAUUAUGGUGAAAUACCCAGAUCUUCUUCAACUUUUCUCAAUUUCAUCCUGCAGAACAAAUCAAAACCCCAGAUCAAAUUUCAGGAUCGAAAUAUUGUUGAUGUCCCAGAAGAAAUCUGGGAACAAAUAAUCUCACUGUUAGAUCAUGAUCUAUAUUUAGAACCUUUAUCCCUCGUUUCAAAAUCCUUUCUUUCAAUCACAAAUCGUCUCAAACAAACCCUAAUUAUCUCAAACCCCACUUCAAAUUUCCUCCCUAAACUCUUUCAUCGAUUUCCAAAUCUCAAAAUUAUCUCUCUUUCUCAAUUUAAUGGCGAACCCUGUUCGAUUCUUCAGUUAAUUUCACUUGCGCACUUUCCACUUCAAUCCCUUGAUCUCUCUAAUCACACUUAUUUCCCUUGUAAUGCGAUUCAACAACUUCCCAGAUCAUCUCUCAGCUCUAUAAAAUCACUCGUGUUGCGUAAUCUUUCGAUUUUGAAUGAUUCGGAUUUAGGGGUUAUUUCGCAGUUUAUUGCUAAUUUGGAAGAGUUGGAUGUUAGUGAUCCUAAGGAUGAUUAUUGUGUAACUGGGGAUGGGGAUAUGGAUGUUUCUGGGGGUGGUUUAGGGAUUACUGAUGAUGGCAUUGAUUUGAUUGCUUCGAAGUUAACUAAGUUAAGGAAGGUUAAUUUGUCUGGAAAUUACUUUGUUUCUGAUAAAUCUGUUAUCAGUCUUUCAGAGAAAUGCUUGAAUUUAGAGGAGAUUGUAGUUAAGAAUUGCACUUUUGUUACUCAAGUUGGGAUGGCUUUUGCAUUCCAAAAUUGUAGGAAUUUGAAAUCUGUUGGUCUUUUAGGGAUGGAUUUGGGUGUUCCUGAGAUUGCUCAUUUGUUUGCUUGUGCUCAGAACUUGUCUGUGCUCGAUUUUUCGUAUAUGGCUGUUUCGGAUGGAUUGCUGUUUUCGAUUGUUAAAGCUUCCAUCCCUUUGAGGAAGUUUACUUUGUACCAUUGUAAGGACUUUACCUUUUCUGGGGUUUUGUCGCUUUUGCGUACUUAUCACUCCCUUGAAUAUUUGGCGUUGGAAGGUGUUUACUGGAUCACGGAUCGAACCAUUAUUGACUUGUCGAAAUUCCUUCGUAAGGCUAAUACUGUUAAGCUUAAUUUCUGCUCAAGGGUGACGAGUUCUGGCUUUUUUACCUUGCUUAAGAAUUGUCCGAUGUUGGACAUUCUGGAAAUGGAGAAAACAGACAUGGGAAAGCAAGAAUUUGCUGUCAGUAAUGCUACCAACCCACAGACUCGAGCUCUUAUUUUGAGUUGCAACAAGACUUUGAGCAAUGAAUGUCUAGAAAAAAUUGCAUAUUCCUGCCCAAGCCUAGAGCUACUAGAUGUGAGUGAUUGUCCUAGUAUCACACGGAAAGGCAUUGGUGAAAUUUUGCGCAACUGCACUGGUUUGAAGCAUUUACAGAUGAAUGGAUGUGGGGCAAUUAAAAGUCUCGGCAUGGAUGCAAAACUUCGUAAAUUAGAAGUUCUUCGAGCAUCAGGGUCAGGCCUUAAUGAUGAAGGGUUGUUGAUGAUUGCAAAGAAGUGUCCUGCUCUCGUGUAUUUGGAUAUCAUGGGUUGCUCCGGAGUAACCUCCAAAGGAGUGAAAGAAGUGGUCUAUCAUUGUGGUAGGUUGAAGGAAAUCAACUUGAAUUGGUGUCGUGAAAUGAGUCGUGACAUUGUCGCUUGGAUGGUUUUUUCAAGGCCUUCGCUGAGGAAAAUAGUGCCUCCAUAUGGAUUUGUUCCAACUGACUAUGAGAAGAGCUUAUUCCUGCGCCAUGGAUGUCUGGUAGGUGAAGGCUAAGUGGCUAAGUCUGAAGAUUUCUGUAUGUUUUUUUCUUAAAUAUAAUAUGCUGUCUAUAUUAUCCGGGUUGCUGUACAUAAGCAUUACAUCUACGAGUAAAAGUUUUUAAUUUGUGGAAGUACAAACACGCCGUAUGAAGGCUUGUAAUUGCAAAUUUUCCAUUGGAUGACAAGGUCUGUUGCUCAAUCUUGUUUACUGAUUACUUUGCUCAAGUAAUUUGUGAUGAUUUUGGAAGAAUGUUAUGUAAUGCCAUCAUAUCAAUCCCAACUGAUUUUUUCAAGUCAAAGCUUUGUCAAUAUGCAACGUCUUUAUGUGGCU